UGGAUAAAUUCAUAACAAAAGGUAGUGCGUUCUAUAAAAUAGAAAAGUGUUGCACCUAUUUCAAACCUUAGGGCAGAGCACAAGAGAUGGCGAUUGAGCAUCCGGCGUGGCGGAAGAGGGUGCGGCGCAGCACGACCUGGCUGAUCAACGAGGCAGCGGCGGCCCUCUGCCGGAAGCAAAUGCUAGUGGAUUUCGUGUACCAAGUCAACACCAUCAACGGCGAAGGCUACGAUUCCAUCCCUCAGACGCGGGCCGUCAUUGAUGCAGUUACUCGAGGAGACGCGCAGCAGCAACACGAGGAGGAUUUCAUUGUCACCGUCAACCUGCACGACGCCUAUCGCCUGGUGGAGCAAGCUGCUGGCGAGUCCCGGCAGCCAGUUUUGACGAUAUCGGCCAUCCAGAGGCUCCACAAGGUCCUCUUCCAGAACCGCGAUGGAUGGGAGGCGGAGGCGGGCAGAUUCAGGGACCGCGACGUCUGGGUUCGCCUCAAGGACGGCUCCUUUCACCAGUUCGUGGAGCACUCCCAGGUACCUCACAGGUUGCAGCAGCUCCUGGGCGACACCAACACCAAGCUGGACGACGUCUUCUGCACCGAGCAAGAAGAUCUUGCAACCUUUACUGCUAAGCUCUUGCACCUGGCAGUCGAUUUCUUCCUCAACUUCGAGCUUAUUCAUCCGUUUCGAGACGGAAACGGACGGGUCGGAAGGCUCCUGCUCACCUAUCUCCUCUCCAGCAUCACACCUCAGCUGGCCCCCAACAAUGCGUACCUGGUGGACAGUGAAGACAUUGUUGACUAUGGCUUGUACCGCAGCUGCUUUCAGGAGGAGGGGCAGCACGCAUCGUCUUCAGAGACCCGAGAUCCCGGCCGACUCAUUGCCAUCUACACCGAAGGCCUCUAUGUCGGCUGGAAGAAGUUUUUCGUGGCGGCGGGGAUGGAAGCUCCACAAACGUGUAGGAUUGAUGAUGAUCCAGCUCACCUGGAAGACAACACUCUCAGUGAAGGCUAAAGCCGCAGAGACUUACCUUGGCAUAGAGAACGAAAAAAGUUAAGCAACAGGAGAUGGAUCUCCAGUGGCGUGACGCCCUUGAGUGGCUUAUCCACAACAGUGAGGAUGUUCGCGCCAUGUACCUUUGGAGAGCGUAGACGUCCACUGAGACAAGCAUCGAUCAUAAGCUAGCAGCCACACAAGAUGAACAAUAUCUUGGCGACGCGAGCAGUAACGUAUUGGAUUCUAUAAAGAAGAAGAGAGAACCUGUCAUUGGAAAGAA